CUCCCUUUCUGCUUGCUGAUUGGCCAGCUGGCUUCUCUCUUCCCCAGCAUUGAGAUCGACCAGAAGCUGCAGGAGAUCAUGAAGCAGACCGGCUACCUCACCGUGGGGGGACAGCGCUACCAGGCUGAAAUCAACGACCUGGAGAACCUGGGCGAGAUCGGCAGCGGCACCUGCGGGCAGGUCUGGAAGAUGCGCUUCCGCAAGACGGGGCACGUCAUCGCCGUCAAGCAAAUGAGGCGCUCGGGGAACCGGGAGGAGAACAAGCGCAUCCUGAUGGACCUGGAUGUGGUGCUCAAGAGCCACGACUGCCCCUACAUCGUGCAGUGCUUCGGCACCUUCAUCACCAAUACCGACGUCUUCAUCGCCAUGGAGCUGAUGGGCACCUGCGCCGAGAAGCUCAAGAAGCGCAUCCAGGGCCCCAUCCCCGAGCGCAUCCUGGGCAAGAUGACGGGGGAGAUCGUGAAGGCCCUGUUCUACCUGAAGGAGAAGCACGGGGUGAUCCACCGCGACGUCAAGCCCUCCAACAUCCUGCUGGACGAGCGGGGCCAGGUGAAGCUCUGCGAUUUCGGCAUCAGCGGGCGCCUGGUCGACUCCAAAGCCAAGACCCGCAGCGCCGGCUGCGCCGCCUACAUGGCCGUAAGCACCUGGCACAACUUCAUCAAACGCUACGAGACGCUGGAGGUGGACGUGGCCUCGUGGUUCAAGGACGUCAUGGCCCGCACAGAGUCCCCGCGCAGCGCCGGCGGCCUCAGCCAGCACCACCUGGCCUUCUUCACCAGGUAGCACCCGGCCCCGCGCCCGUGGCACCCACCCGUGGCACCCACCCGUGACGGCAGCCCCGUGUCACCGCGUGUCCCGGUACGUCACCGCGUGCCACCCCCCCCCCACGGCCACGGCGCGGCCCGGGACGUCUCGCCGUGUCCCCGGCCCGGCCCAGUAGCUCCCAGUUCCUCCGGCGUGGGCUGGAGCGUUGUGGCGCGUCCUGGUGCGUCCCAGUACAUCCCAGUGUGUCCCAGUACAUCCCAGUACAUCCCGGCCCAUCCCAGUAUGUCCCAGUACAUCCCAGUGUGUCCGGAUGUGGCCUGGCACAUCACGUCCUCGUGUGUCCCGUCCCAUCCCAGUGUGUCCCAGUACAUCCCAGUGUGUCCCAGCGCAACCCAGCGCAUCACGGGCUGCUGUGUCCCAGUACGUCCCGGCCCAUCCCAGUAUGUCCCAGUACAUCCCAGUGUGUCUCAGUGCGACCCAGCGCAUCCCAUCCCUCUGUGUCCCAGUUGGUCCCGUCCCAUCCCAGUGUGUCCCAGUACCUCCCAGUGUGUCCCAGUACCUCCCAGUGUGUCCUGACGCAGCCUGGCACUCGUGCCCUCACGUGUCCCCCCCCCUCCCACGCUGAGUGACACCAGGACAGGGGGACACCCACGUCCCCAGCAGGGCGACACGUGCCUCAGUUUCCCCACUGUCCCCGUCCCCGAGUGGGG